GUGUGUGUGUGUGCGUGUGUGUGUGUGUGUGUGUGUGUGUUAUAUGCGCUGUUCUGGGGCAUGAGGUGGGGGCAGGUAGAAAUCCUGAGGAGCUGCGGUAGGAAGGCAGAGUUGCUACCUCCCUCUCAAAGCUACUGGGAGAGGGGGUGGGGACUAUAACAACCCAUCACCACGCUGCCUGCCAGUCUCUCACACACGGAUCUUUCUCCUUCAUGUUCCCUGAGAAAUUUUCCCCAGAUUGGGAAAAGAACAGUAAAGCGGGUCUGCCUCGGAAGACGAGUUUUUACUAUUGCAACACAAAGGACAGUGGAGUGCGCUUUCACAUUCUCGCAACUCUACUCACUCGACCAGCUCCAUACUUCAGCACCACGGAGAGCGGUAUCUAUCCGGCUAUCACUCAUGGGGAGCCAGAUUUCUGCGACUCAACACCGGAUUCCGGUCAUUUAAAGAAGGAACAAGCCUGCGUAUUUCAUCCUCAAUGCUGGGGAACAGCACCUUCAAAAACAUGCAGCGCCGGCACACAACACUGAGGGAAAAGGGCCGCAGGCAGGCCAUCCGCGGUCCCGCCUACAUGUUUAACGAGAAGGGAACGAGUCUGACGCCGGAGGAGGAGCGCUUCCUGGACUCGGCCGAGUAUGGCAACAUCCCAGUGGUCAGGAAAAUGCUGGAGGAGUCCAAGACCCUCAACUUCAACUGCGUAGACUACAUGGGGCAGAAUGCACUGCAGCUGGCUGUGGGCAACGAGCACCUGGAGGUCACAGAGCUGCUGCUCAAGAAGGAGAACCUGGCGCGGGUGGGGGACGCGCUGUUGUUGGCCAUAAGUAAGGGCUACGUGCGCAUCGUGGAAGCCAUCCUCAACCACCCAGCCUUCGCGCAGGGCCAGCGCCUGACACUCAGCCCGCUGGAGCAGGAGCUGCGCGACGACGACUUCUAUGCCUACGACGAGGACGGCACGCGCUUCUCCCACGACAUCACGCCCAUCAUCCUGGCAGCCCACUGCCAGGAGUACGAGAUCGUGCACAUCCUCCUGCUCAAGGGCGCCCGCAUCGAGCGGCCCCACGACUACUUCUGCAAGUGCAACGAGUGCACUGAGAAGCAGCGGAAGGACUCCUUCAGCCACUCCCGCUCCCGCAUGAACGCCUACAAGGGACUGGCAAGCGCUGCCUACUUGUCCCUGUCCAGUGAAGACCCUGUCCUCACGGCGCUGGAGCUAAGCAACGAGUUAGCCAGACUAGCCAACAUUGAGACUGAAUUCAAGAACGAUUACAGGAAGUUAUCUAUGCAAUGCAAGGAUUUUGUGGUGGGCGUGCUGGACCUAUGCCGAGACACAGAAGAGGUGGAAGCGAUUUUAAAUGGUGAUGUGAACUUCCAAGUCUGGUCCGACCACCACCGUCCGAGUCUGAGCCGGAUCAAACUCGCCAUUAAAUAUGAAGUCAAGAAGUUCGUUGCUCAUCCUAACUGUCAACAGCAAUUGCUUACCAUGUGGUAUGAAAAUCUCUCAGGCUUACGUCAACAGUCUAUCGCUGUGAAAUUCCUGGCUGUCUUUGGAGUCUCCCUAGGCCUCCCUUUUCUCGCCAUAGCCUAUUGGAUUGCUCCGUGCAGCAAGCUAGGACGAACCCUGAGGAGCCCUUUCAUGAAAUUUGUAGCCCAUGCAGUUUCUUUUACAAUCUUCUUGGGAUUAUUAGUUGUGAACGCAUCAGACCGCUUUGAAGGCGUUAAAACCCUGCCCAACGAAACCUUCACAGACUACCCGAAACAGAUCUUCAGAGUGAAAACGACAAAGUUCUCCUGGACAGAAAUGCUCAUCAUGAAGUGGGUCUUGGGAAUGAUUUGGUCCGAAUGCAAGGAAAUCUGGGAGGAGGGGCCGCGCGAGUACGUGCUGCACCUGUGGAACCUGCUGGAUUUCGGGAUGCUGUCCAUCUUCGUGGCCUCCUUCACCGCAAGGUUCAUGGCCUUCCUGAAAGCCAGCGAGGCCCAGCUCUACGUGGACCAGCACGUGCAGGACGACACGCUGCACAACGUCUCGCUUCCGCCGGAAGUGGCCUACUUCACCUACGCCAGGGACAAGUGGUGGCCUUCAGACCCCCAGAUCAUAUCAGAAGGGCUGUAUGCAAUAGCUGUCGUGCUGAGCUUCUCUCGAAUCGCGUACAUCCUGCCAGCCAACGAGAGUUUCGGGCCCUUGCAGAUCUCCCUGGGGAGAACCGUGAAGGAUAUCUUCAAGUUCAUGGUCAUUUUCAUCAUGGUAUUUGUGGCCUUCAUGAUUGGGAUGUUCAAUCUGUACUCCUACUACCGAGGUGCAAAGUACAACCCAGCGUUUACAACGGUUGAAGAAAGUUUCAAAACCUUAUUUUGGUCCAUCUUUGGCUUGUCUGAAGUGAUCUCGGUGGUGCUGAAAUAUGACCACAAAUUCAUCGAGAACAUCGGCUAUGUUCUCUACGGCGUUUAUAACGUCACCAUGGUGGUCGUCCUGCUUAAUAUGCUAAUAGCCAUGAUCAACAACUCGUAUCAGGAAAUUGAGGAGGAUGCAGAUGUGGAGUGGAAGUUUGCCCGAGCAAAGCUCUGGCUAUCUUAUUUUGAUGAAGGAAGAACUCUACCUGCUCCUUUUAAUCUAGUGCCAAGUCCUAAAUCAUUUUAUUAUCUCAUAAUGAGAAUCAAGAUGUGCCUCAUAAAACUCUGCAAAUCUAAGGCCAAAAGCUGUGAAAAUGACCUUGAAAUGGGCAUGCUGAAUUCUAAAUUCAGGAAGACUCACUACCAUGCUGGCAUGAGGAAUUCUGAAAUCCUGACAGCAAAUAACACUUACAGCAAGCCCACCAGAUACCAGAAAAUCAUGAAACGACUCAUAAAGAGGUAUGUCCUGAAGGCUCAGGUGGACAGAGAAAAUGAUGAAGUCAAUGAAGGUGAACUGAAGGAAAUCAAGCAAGAUAUCUCCAGCCUGCGCUAUGAGCUUCUCGAAGAGAAAUCUCAAGCUACUGGAGAGCUGGCAGACCUGAUCCAACAGCUCAGCGAGAAAUUUGGGAAGAACUUAAACAAAGACCACCUGAGGGUGAACAAGGGCAAAGACAUUUAGCAGCCUGUGUCGGCACCUGUGACUUCUACCAGCAUUCCCAGGCCAGAUGGGAUGCCCUGGCCACCAGCCCUGGUGGGGAGGGGUCCCGGGCCCACUCCUCUAGGACUCUAAAGGGACCCACUGG